GCUUGGAGGGUAAAUUGUCUUCCUUCGAGGGCUUUAUAUGCUAAUCCCUUGAAGAAUUUAUUAGGGUUUUAACUCGGAAGUCCUCGUGUUCACGAGAGAAAGCAGCCGCGAGCCCAGCCCUUGCCCCGUCUCUCACAAUUCGUCUUUGCGCUACUCAGAGAUGAAGGUGAUUGCUGCGUAUUUGUUGGCAGUGUUGGGAGGGAACACAUCUCCUUCGGCCGAUGAUAUAAAGAACAUUCUUGGCUCAGUUGGCGCUGAGGCUGAUGAUGAGAGAAUUGAGCUUCUCUUAAACGAGGUUAAUGGCAAAGAUAUUACUGAACUGAUUGCUGCAGGAAGAGAAAAGCUUGCUUCAGUUCCAGGCGGUGGAGGUGCAGUUGCUGCCGUUGCUGCACCUACCGGUGGAGCUGCAGCUGGUGGUGCUGCACCUGCUGCUGAGGCAAAGGAGGAAAAGAAGGUGGAAGAGAAAGAGGAGUCUGAUGAGGACAUGGGUUUCAGCUUAUUCGACUAAAAGGUCUGAAUUGCUUUGUCUAUCAGUAGCAUUUGCGGCUCCGGUUAGGGUUUUUGUGCAAUUACACUACUUUCUGUUACUGAAGUUGCGUAUUAAUAUUAUUUUAGGUUGGUUGGGUUCUGCCUUCUCAUUCGGAACAAUAUAAUAGCAGUCUAUCUGAUACGAAUAUUUUCGAUUUUGCUUUGCAUGAACUUUUUUGCGAAACUGUUUUAGUGAUAUGUUUAAUGAAAUUUCAAAACUCGUAUAAACAUUGAACAAGAA